AUGCCAGACACCGAAACAACUACAACAACGAAUGUGGAUUCAGUGGCCGUAAGGCCUCCGCCGUUCUAUGAUUCGAAUCCUGCGCUAUGGUUCGGUCUUCUGGAGGGCCAGUUCGCCGCAAAUCGUAUCUCUAGCGAUGCCGUAAAGUACGGAAGCGUUUUAUCGGCACUCACUGUAAGCCAAUCAACUGAAGUGAUGGAUAUCAUAACUGAUCCGCCGGCAAACGACAAAUACAAGACAAUUAAAGACGCACUUAUCAGUCGAUUAUCAACAAGUAAUGCUAAACGAUUGGAACAACUGAUCGAUCGCGAAGAACUCGGAGAUCGCAAACCAUCUCAACUCCUCCGCCGCCUCCGCCAAUUGGCCGGUACCAGCGUUACUGACGACGCACUGAAGACAUUAUGGAUGCGACGACUGCCUAACGAUACACAAAAGAUACUAAAGGCCUCAAGAGAACAGCUCAACACACUGGCCGAUAUUGCCGAUGAAAUACACGAUACGUAUCAAUCGGCACACGUAUCAGCAGUAUCUACCGAAACAGAAGCAUUACGUAAACAAAUCGAUGCACUCACCAAACAAAUAGCUCAAUUGUCGUCCAAUAGAUCUCGCGAUCACAGUCGAUCUCGAUCUCAAAGACGUGGCCGAUCCAACAGUCGCAAUCGCGAAGAUAAUGGCCAGUGCUGGUACCACAAUCGAUUCGGGAAACGCGAACGGGAAUCAAUAGCGACGGCAACUGAUUCCCACAACAAAAGCCGUCGUCUGUUCGUCACCGAUAAGGUUACAAAAGCAUCGUUUCUCAUCGAUACGGGUGCUGAUGUCUCAGUAUUCCCGAACUCAAAGCUAUGUCGUAGGCGUGUAGAAGAAUAUCAGCUCUUUGCCGCCAACGGUACUCCUAUUAAGACGUAUGGCUCACACUAUUUAAACCUGGAUCUCGGACUUCGCCGCGCAUUCAAUUGGAAAUUCAUUGUUGCAGACGUAUCAACGCCUAUAAUUGGUGCCGACUUUCUCGCACACUUCGGGAUUGCACCUGAUCUUCGACACAAACGAUUACUCGACUGUAUUACUGGUCUCAAAGUGUUUGGACGCAUUCAAGUCGUCGACAUACCGACUAUUAGGACAGUCACCGGUGACACACCUUAUCAUCGACUUCUCGAAGAAUAUACAGUAAUUACUCGCCCGUCAGCAACAAUGAAGCCUAGACUUCACAACACUGUACAUCACAUCAUAACAACUGAUGGACCACCUGUUUGUAGUGACCGCCGACGACUGGUUGGCGAUAAAUACAAUUACGCUAAACGUGAAUUCGAGUCACUUGUAUCUCAAGGCAUCUGUCGUCCAUCAUCAAGCAACUGGUCCUCUCCUCUUCAUAUGGUCCCUAAGAAGGACAAUGAAUGGCGACCUUGUGGUGUUUACAGGUCUCUCAACGCGCGUACAAUACCCGACAAAUAUCCAGUGCCUCACAUCGAAGAUUUUACUCAUAAUCUCGCCGGUUGUCGCGUCUUCUCAACUAUCGAUUUGGUUAAAGCCUACCAUCAGAUACCUAUCGCACCAGAAGACGUACAUAAGACAGCUGUGAAGACACCCUUCGGUUUAUUCGAAUACUUAUAUAUGUCUUUCGGUCUCUGUAACGCUGCACAGACUUUUCAACGGUUUAUCGACGAAGUAAUCCGUGGUCUCGAUUUUUGUUUUGCAUACAUUGAUGACAUACUCAUCGCAUCUGAAGACGAAACUCAACACUUGGAUCACUUACGACAGUUGUUCACUCGACUCAAAGAUUACGGAGUAGUGAUCAAUGUCGGCAAAUGUGUAUUUGGCGCCUCUGAUGUCAAAUUUCUCGGCUACGUUGUCGAUCAUACAGGAACUCGUCCUCAACCAGAAAAAGUCGCAUCUAUUCUAUCGUUUCCUCAACCGAAGACUACUCAGGACUCAGACGUUUCUUAG